GACAUUGAGGCCUCCGGGGACGAGGCAAGCGUCCACUUUGGGCUCGAGCGCCGUGGCGCGACCAUGGACCGGAGGAAAAAGCCCCUGGACGUGACAGCGUCCUCUUUGGUGGACCUGAAGGCCGAACUCUUCCGGAAACAAGAAGAAUUCAAGCAAGAAAAACUCCUAAAAGAUUCUGGAGUUUUGGGGAAACCAAAAACAACUAACAAGAAACCGAGUAUCUGGACCAAGCAGAAUGCAGGGGUUUCCAGCCGGGCUGAGAAGGAUGCCGAGGAGAAGAUCGAGGAGCAGAAGACGUUAGACAAGGCGAGGGAGAAACUGGAAGAGAAAGCCAAAUUAUAUGAGAAAAUGACUCAGGGAGACUUUAUAGACGAAGAGGUGGAGGAGAUGUACCUGGUGGACUUCAACCAGAAGAUCAUGGACAGACAUCGGGAAAACGGGGCACCUGCUGCCCACAGGCCCGCGGGGGACAGGGAGGACGAGGAGGAGGAGCGCCUUUCCGAGAAGGACAUCCCCCCGCCCCAGGACCCCAGUGAGGAGUGGGUGGAUUACGUGGACUCUCUGGGCCGGUCCCGGCGCUGCAUGAAAAAGGAUCUACCGCACCUGCUGGAGCUGGACAAGAACCUCCAGGGGAGGCUUUUUCUCAGCCCUGCCAAUGAGAAAUCCUUACUGUCGGAAGACAUGCGGAAAGAGCUGCAGCGCCAGGAGUGGGAGGAGGAAGAACGGGAGGCCCUGAAAAGGCCCAUGGGCCCCAUCCACUACGAGGACAUCCGGGAAAACGAGGCCCGGCAGCUUGGUGUUGGCUAUUUCGCCUUUGCCCGAGACAAGGAGCUCAGGAACAAGCAGAUGAAAACGCUGGAAAUGCUGCGUCAGCAGACCACGGAUCAGAGAACAAAGCGAGAGAACAUAAAGGAAAAGCGGAAGGCCCUGUUAGAAGCACGGCUCGCUAAACUGCGGCAGAAGAAGAUGAAGAAGUCAAAGGAGGAUGGAACCGAGGAAGGAAGUACAGAUGGAGAUGUGAUUGGACCUUUGCCACCAGAGCCAGAAGCUGUGCCACCCCCACGUGCAGCCGCCCCCAGCAGCAAUUUAAGUUAUUUCAUAAAAUAA